ACGAGUAUAUAUUCUCUGUCUCUAUUCAUUCCGUCGUUCAUUUGGGAUUUUUGUGUUUUUGGCGUUCCUUUUAACCUCUCAAAUACGCCGGCAAUUCCCCGACUCAAAAGAGGGUGGGGACUUGAUGUUCUUCGCCUCUUCUCUAAGCUUUGUAAGAAUUCUGUGCGGUAAUCUGGAUUGGGGUCUUGUGUAUGUGGAAGAGUUCAUAGCUCUCUGAUUUGUUAUAGAUUUGGGUUCAAAUUGGGGUUGGAACAUUUCAAUAUAGGGUUGUGAGAUUCAUUUUGUUGAAUUAUUUCAAUUGGUGGGGUUCAAAUCCAACCAGAGGCACGCCAAUAUAGUCUGUCAGACAGACUAUUGUGUUAUGUAUUCCCACAAUUUACAUCCACCUUUACAGGCGGAGGUGAAACUGCCCAUGGACUUGGGUUUGACUUGACUCAUGUACAUCAUGGCCCGAUUGUGUGCACCUGACCCAAUAAUAAGAACUGCCAGUUUUUUUGGGUCUCAAAUUCUAGAUCCUUAUUUGACUGAUCUUCUGGACUGUGUUCUGUGUAGAAUCUGAAGAUAUUGUACACAUUGUGUGGAAAUGCCCUCCCCGGAAAACCCGGGCUCUUCCUCCCGCCUUCCUUUUGGUUCUUUUCGCCGUGCAAUUUUCUCCAUCAGGCCUGAUCAGGUCCAUUCGCUAGAAACAGACCGGGAAUCUAGUAUUGACUCGGGGUCCACAGCGUCUUUUCAAACAUUAGUAUCAGACCGGUUUGCUGAUCUCUCUGUGGCCAAUGAUGAUGAAUUCCUUUCACUUUCAUGGAUUAGAAAGUUACUGGAUGCGUUCGGUGAUUGCCAGGAUGCGUUCCGUGCUACCCUUUCAAACAGCAAAGAGUUACUCUCCAAACCGCCUCAAGAUAAGAUUCUGUCUGACUUCUUCGACACGAGCAUUAAGGCGUUAGAUAUUUGCAACGCAGUCCGAGAUGGGAUCCAAAAGGUUAGGGUAUGGCAAAGGCAUUUGGAGAUUGUGGUUUCCGCACUGGAUCCCACCCAACAACAAAGAAUGAUCGGGGAGGGGCACUUCCGUCGUGCAAGAAAAGCCCUAACGGAUUUGACCCUCGCAAUGUUUGUAGUAGAUGAAAAGGAUACUGCUUCGGUCUUUUCAAACCGAAAUCGUUCUUUCGGGCAACCAAAUAGGACAAAAGACCAUCCACACCCUUCACCAAGGCACACGAGGUCUUUGUCUUGGAGUGUCUCGCCUUUGUGGUCCGCAUCCAAACAGCUCCAACUAAUCGUAAAUAAUUUGAUCCUCCCAAAUGCCACCUCUGAUAAUAAUGGUCUGGCAACGCUGAUAUUCACAAUGAACCAUGUUCUCCUGUGCGUCCUGUGGGUCAUUGUUGCUGCUAUCCCAUGCCAAGACCGCAGCGGGACCCAAAUCAACGUCACUGUCCCUGUUCAAUUCCUUUGGGGCCGUUCGCUCCAGACUAUACAUUCCAGGAUAACAGAUGCGUCCAAGAAGCGGGACCGGAGAAACCUUAACGGGCUGCUGAAGGAAACAAGUCGAGUUGAAAAGGAAGCCCAUGAGCUGUUGGAAUUAAUAGAUUCUGGGGAGCGUAGAGACGAAGCCAUUAGAAGAGCAGAUGCGCUUUCACAGCUUUGUAAAGCUUACCAGAUGGAACUAGGGCCGCUGGAACGCCAAUUGAGGGAUGUCUUUACAAAAAUCAGGAUGUGUCGUGCCCAGGGUCUCGAAAUGUUGGGCAAGGCGAGACAAUGAAUGACAAGCCUUUAUUUGUGGAAUAUAUAUAUACAUUGUCACACUCUUAUAUUUCUUUCCCUUUUGCAAAACUGUGUGUGAAGAAGGAAGCCUUAACAUUCUGCACUUACAUGCUGCCGUAUGUAUAACUAUGUUGAUGUUUUGAGAUUGGAGUGGGGAGGGAAGUAAUCAAUUCUGAUGCAACUUAUGAUGCAUUUGGGCAUUUAGUACCAGUUAAAUGGGGAGCUGAAUGCCACAACCCCAUGCUUUCCUCUUCUUUCUAAGCCGUCGAGUAUCAAUGAAGCAUUAAUUAAUUAUUCAAUAAUUAA